UAGCUAAAACCUCAGUGGUGUGUUCAGUGCUUGUUUGUGUUUUUCUACUUUUAACAAAACAACUGCUUGCGUACCUGUCAGUAGCUGAAGUAGUACAUAUAUUGGCGCAUAUACUGGAAAAACUUGAAACAAAAUGAGUAAGCUGGAAUUCAACACCUUACACUCAAUCGAUACGGAGUAUUCUGCCGACUCUAUAGAAUGGUGUCCACACCAUAAAUACCAAUCCUAUUUUGCUUGCGGCACAUAUCAGCUGGAAGAGAAUGCUGGGGAGGAAAGCACUAUGCGUACCAGGCGCAAGGGUCGCAUAUAUUUAUAUAGGUUUUGUACUGCAACCAAAAAGCUCACAGAAGUUUGUCGCCUGGAGACAGCUGCCAUUCUAGAUAUGAAGUGGUUAAACGACGAAACGAACGCGAAUCCCCUACUUGCAGCUGUGAAUUCGUUUGGUCAACUAGAAAUAUACGAGUUUGAAGAAGAUACAUUGAAAAGAAUCAGCAGUUUGGAUAUAAAUUCCAACUGUGACGAUUUGUUGGCAUUGUCGCUGGAUUGGCGACGUACGGAGAAUUCCAGCCAAUCAAAUCAAUUUCAAAUAUUGGUUUCAGAUUCCAAAGGUGGCGUGAGUUUAAUCGACUAUGCACCAAAGUAUGGUCUCAAACUCACUAAUACUUUUGCUUCACAUGGUUUCGAAGCAUGGACAUGUGCUUUUGAUCGUUGGGACUUAAAUCGUAUAUACAGUGGUGGCGAUGAUAUACUUUUGCAAGCUUAUGAUCUACGAACUUGCACGCGUAUUCUCAGCAACAAAUCGCAUAACGCUGGCGUUACUUGCAUGCUCAGUCAUCCCAAACAGGAGCAUUUAUUGCUGACUGGCAGUUAUGAUGAACAUUUGCGUACAUUCGACACGCGCUCCAUGAAGCAGCCCUUGGGAGAACUGAAUCUCGGCGGCGGCAUAUGGCGUCUAAAGAUGGAUCCGUUAGAGCGUGAUCUCAUUUUGGUUGCAUGCAUGUAUCAUAACUUCAGCAUCGUUCAGCUGAAAGGUGGACAGUUGGAGGCCCCCACGUUGCUUGGCGAAUACUACGAGCAUAAAAGCAUUUGUUAUGGCGCGGAUUGGUGUCUUGACGUGUCUGGUGAUAAAAAUUUGUACACGGCAACUUGCUCAUUUUACGAUCAUAAACUCUGUGUGGCCCAAAUAGUUGAAGAGCACCACUAACUGUUUUUGCAAUAUGUAAACAGUUACAAAAUAACUUGUCUUCAAUACAGCUGGGUGAUUUCUUGACGGUUCCGUUAAGUCAAAACUGUAAAUCUGGUAUUUAGUUGUUUUAGCAUUUAUUACUGGCCUUAAUUAUGACAAAAAUUUACCAUUUUUACCGAUACUUUGCAAUAAUCUUGGGUUUUAUCGAUACUAAAAAAUAUUACAGUGAGUAAGUAAAAAUUACUAGCAGUGACUACCUUUAAGCGCUGCGAUCUAACCAUUAAUCAAAUCUAAUGGUUAGCGAGAGGUGCGUGGUAUUCUCGCUUUAAGUGGUACUCUUUUUUAUUCAAAUAAGUUUCUUAAGAAAGUAUCUUAAAGUCAUGGAAGCUGUUGGUAAGUAUAAGUAGAACUCCAACCAUUCUCUCGUUUUUACUAAAGGCGAGGAUGAAAUGGACCUGUGCAAAAUUUUAGAGCAAUACCUUAAAAAUUGAGGGCUAGGUUCCGACAGUCAGACACAUCUCGUCACGCAGAUCAUUUAUAUAAACAUUUUAUAGUGC